CUCGUCCUCUGUAUUCCCAGGACUGUCCAGAGGAGAAGGUCCCAGAGAACCCUCAGAUGACAAAUCAGGGGGAAGAUCUGAUUGAUAUUAAAGUGGAUGAUGGAGAAGAGAGGAUGAUGGGCGAUCCCCCGUGUAAGAGUGAGGAGGAGGAGGACAUUCCAGGAGAUGUCACCACAGAGAGUUCCAGUAAAAAUAUUAAGAGCAAAGCUAUAUUAUCACUAAAUUAUAAAGAAGAAGAUAAAGAUGUCCUGCAGCGCUCCUCAGGAGAAAACCUCAUUACACUUAAUGUACACCCAGGACUUCACAGUACAGAUCUAUUAAAUAAUCCACCUCAUCAUGAGGAACCUUCUCCUGACCAAUUACAUAUUGUUACCACAACUACACGUCAGAAAGGGGAUAAAAGGUUUCAAGGUGGUAAAGAGUGUACAGAACAAUCAAGACUUUCUACACACAGAAGAAUUCAGACAGCAGAGCAGGAAUGUGGGAAAUGCUUUACAAGUAAAACAGAUCUUGCUAAACAUAAGACAAUUCACACAGGAGAGAAGCCAUAUUCAUGUUCACGGUGUGGGAAAUGUUUUAUAGAAAAAAUCUGUCUUAUUAGACAUGAAAGAAUUCAUACAGGAGAGAAGCCAUAUUCAUGUUCAGAGUGUGGGAAAUGUUUUGCAGAUAAAUCCAGUCUUGUAACACAUGAGAGAAGUCACACAGGAGAGAAGCCUUAUCCAUGUUCAGAAUGUGGGAACUGUUUUACACAGAAAUCAAUUCUUGUUUCACAUCAGAGAUGUCACACAGGAGAGAAGCCAUAUUCAUGUUCAGAAUGUGGGAAAUGUUUUAGACAGAAAUCAAUUCUUGUUUCACAUCAGAGAUGUCACACAGGAGAGAAGCCAUAUUCAUGUUCAGAAUGUGGGAAAUGUUUUAGACAGAAAUCAAAUGUUGUUAAACAUGAGAAAUGUCACACAGGAGAGAAGCCAUAUUCAUGUACAGAAUGUGGGAAAUGCUUUAGACAGAAAUCGGAUCUUGCUAAACACGAGAGAAGUCACACAGGAGAGAAGCCAUAUUCAUGUUCAGAAUGUGGGAACUGUUUUACACAGAAAUCAAGUCUUGUAACACAUGAGAGAAGUCACACAGGAGAGAAGCCAUAUUCAUGUUCAGAAUGUGGGAAAUGUUUUGCAGAAUAUUCACAUCUUGGUAAACAUAGGAUAAUUCACACAGGAGCGAAGCCAUAUUCAUGUUCAGAAUGUGGGAAAUGUUUUACACAAAAAUCAAAUCUGGUUAUGCAUGAGAGAAUUCAUACAAAAGAGAAGCCAUAUUCAUGUUCAGAAUGUGGAAAAUAUUUCACACAGAAAUCAAGUCUUGUUAAACAUCAAAAAUUGCACACAGUAGAGAAACCAUAUUCAUGUUCACAAUGUGGGAAAUGUUUUAUACAGAAAUCAUCUCUUGUUAGACAUCAGAUAAUUCACACAGGAGAGAAGCAAUUUUGAUGUUUUAUAUGUUGAAAAUGCUGUGUAAGAAGGAACUAAAAUUCUAAAACUUGACAGAACUGGAGAAACUAUAUUGUUUUAUAGAUACGGGAAAUGUGAUAAGAGCAAAAAUUUAUUUUAAACCCAUCUUAUUCACAGACAUUAAAUUUUGGGCAACAUGUGUCACAUUACUGCAA